GGGAGGCAGUAGGCACUGCGAGGGCCUUUUAUAAUAUACACACACACAUGCUCAUCUUCUACUGCCAUUUCCAGUGUUUGAAAUGCAUUAGUGUGCUGAGAUGAAUACAUCCUCUUAAGAUUUUUCACAUCUUAAGAGGAUCAUAAAGAUGAAGAAUUAGUUUAUUCUGCAGCAUGGUCGGCUGUCUUUGGCAGAUCUGCAAGAUGAAUCAAGGACUCAUAGAAGGCCAAAGAGAGCCAGUAUUAAUCUACUGGCAACCUCUGUUUUCCAGCUGCUGCUCCUGCUCCCGAGCCAGAGUGGAGAGUCCCCUCACCCUGCUGCACAUGCAGAGACAAAAGGCCUCAUUUGACUGCUGAACACUGCCCCCUUUCGCCAUCCACUACUUCACGCCUCAGCUGUGGAGGUGGCAUUGGUGCUGAUUUUGAUGGCGUUUGUGACAAAACGAGGCCUCCACUGAGACUGAUAACUACUCCAGUGAAGAACAGAAGGAACAAGGGGCGGUGGAGGUGGGGAAGGAGGAAGGAGGAAAGAGGCUGGAACAGUGGGCUGUUAAAAGCAAGCGCUGAGGCCUCUACAGGAAAAAAAAAAUUUCUCCUUGAUAUUUCUCAGAGUGGAAAAUAAAUCUGACAAGGGAUGGAAGGCAGCAAGGAAAGAAGGUUUGGCUAAGUGGCUGGACUGAGCGAAGACAAGAGGGUGACCUAAUCAUCAGAACAAGGGAAGGAACAUGGGAGAUAUGAAGACUCCUGACUUUGAUGACCUACUGGCGGCCUUUAACAUCCCUGACAUGGUGGAUCCUAAAGCUGCCAUUGAAUCUGGUCACCAAGAUGAGCAAGAUGGACAACUCAAGCAACAGAGUAAUCGGGGGACUGACUGUGAAGAUGAGUCUCACAACUCCUGUAGCGAACAUGAUGCUAGUGUUAGUGUAAUUGUAAAAAACAUUCGCAGCACAGACACAAGUGAAUAUGUUGGAACCAAAUUUGAAAAAGACAAGUAUUUUAACUCUCAUUCCCAAGCAAGUGCUGUUGGCAAUGGACUAUCUAAUGGCUGCUUAUCAACAGCACCACCAGCUGCUCAACACAGUAAGGAAGGAUUGAAAGUCCCCAGAGAUAAUGGAUAUAAAUUCAAACCUCAAUCUCCUACUUUCACUCAGUUCAGUCCAAUAUCUAGUGCUGAAGAGUUUGAUGAUGAGGACAAAAUUGAGGUAGUUGACACAACUGGCGCACAGAAAAGCCAAGUCUUCUUUACUUCCAUUGCUAAAACAGAGGACCAGAUUUCAAAGAUUGACAACAAAUCAGGUCAAAACAAGAAUCAGAGUCAAAGGAGAUUUUCUUACAGUCCAUCUCAAUUACCUUUGCCAGAAAAAACCCGGAAAGACAAUUAUUUCAAACCUCAAAAUCAAGCCUCCAUGGAUGCUAUAAAGUCACCUGAGCUAGUUGAUGUGCUAAGUAUCCCACAAGUCAAAGACCAGUCCCCCACAAAACUGUAUUCUUGUAUAGCAGCUAUUGCAUCACUAAGUGGAAAAACAUCUGAAUUUGAUGUGUUGGACUCUAUACCAGCACAGAAAGAGCCUAAACCAUCUAAGGAAAAUCUCAGAGCAAUAGACAGACUACAGGAGCAAGAGUCAGACAUUGACUUGACAAAGAACCUUCUUACCAGAGAACCAGAAAGCCCCUCUGGUGUCAUCAGUGAGGGCAGCAGCAAAGGUUCCCCUGCUUCCAACAUAGACAGCACUCCAGUCAUUCCAAAGGUUAGAAUUAAAACAAUUAAGACCUCUUCUGGACAGAUUAAGCGUACUGUCAGUAGAGUCCUUCCAGAAUUUGAAACUGAAAGCUUGAAGAAUGAAGACAAUAGUCCAUGUCUUAUGACAACUACCAGUACAAUUUUUACAUCACCAACAAGGCGCUCUUUGCCAUCAACCGUGGUAGCAACCAGCGGGUGCCCAUCAAUUGAAAUCACGAAACAAAUGACUAUUAAGCCUGUGGCGACAGCUUUCCUGCCAGUAUCCGCAGUCAAAACAGCUGGUUCACAAGUUAUUAACCUUAAGCUGGCUAACAACACUACGGUCAAAGCAACAGUUAUCCCUGCCGCAUCUGUGCAAAGUGCCAGCAGUGCUAUCCUGAAAGCCGCAAAUGCUAUCCAGCAACAAACGGUCAUGGUACCUGCCUCCAGUUUGGCCAAUGCUAAACUUGUGCCAAAGACAGUGCAUCUUAGUAACCUCAGUAUUCUUCCCCAGUCAGUAUCAUCUGUUGCCUGUGAUCUUCAGCAGGUCUUAUGCUCCUCGAAACUUUCUCAAAAGCAACGAUCACAACAAAGUAAACAGACUGGUGUCAUUGGCCAAGCUUCCAAAAAGGUCUCUCGGGUUCAGGUGUUCACAAGCUCUCCAGGCUCUGUAGUAGAUGCUUUCAAUAAAGUCCUAAGUAGUCUGAACCCUCUUCCUGUGUAUGUCCCAAACCUCUCUCCACCAACCUCAGCCUGUAUUUCAUUACCCUCCCGGGGCUACAAGUGCCUGGAGUGUGGAGACUCGUUUGCUCUUGAAAAGAGCCUGACUCACCACUAUGAACGCCGGAGUGUGCGAAUCGAAGUCACCUGCAACCACUGUGCCAAAAGUUUGGUUUUCUACAACAAAUGUAGCCUUUUAUCUCAUGCAAGAGGUCACAAGGACAAAGGGGUGGUCAUGCAGUGCUCACAUCUAAUCCUCAAACCCAUUCCUGCAGAUCAGAUGAUUAGUUCAUCAAAUUUGCCAGUGGCCCCUUGUAUCACUAUAAACACCCCCACAUCUCAAGCACAGGCACCUGCAAGUCAAACACAAGCUAAGAUUGCUGGUAGUAACCAGACUACAGUGAUAUCAGCUCCUUGCAGCACUCCCCUUAUGGCAGCCAUGCCUUUGGAGGAUGAUGCAUCAAAGCUUGGUCGGCACAACUUGAAAUGUUUGGAGUGCAAUGAAAUAUUCCAGGAUGACAGUUCACUGGCCAUGCACUAUCAACAAGCACCAGAAUCCAACAGUCAAAAAACAUGCACAGUUUGCCAGAUGCUUCUUCCAAAUCAAUGCAGCUUUCUGUCACACCAACGAAUCCAUCAGCACAAGUCCCCUUAUAUUUGUCCAGAGUGUGGUGCCAGUUGUCGCUCUGUUCACUUUCAGUCCCACGUCACCAAGAACUGCUUGCACUACACUCGCAGAAUCGGCUAUCGCUGUGUUCACUGUAGCAUGAUCUUUGUUGAUGUUACAACUCUCAAGUCUCACAUCCAGAACAUGCACUGUGAAGUCUUCUACAAAUGUCCACUCUGCCCCAUGGCUUUCAAGUCUGCACCAGGAACUCACUCCCAUGCAUACACACAGCAUCCAGGGGCCAAGGCAGGCGAGCCCAAGGUGAUACAUAAAUGCUCCAUGUGUGACACAGUGUUCACUCUCCAGUCCUUGCUCAGCUCACAUUUUGAGCAGCAUAUUUCCAAUUUUAAAGUUUCCAUCUUUAAAUGUCCCGACUGUUCCAUGCACUAUGCACAGAAGCAGCUGAUGCUGGACCACAUUAAGGCCAUCCAUGGAACCCUGAAGACCAUAGAGGGUCCACCAAACCUGGGGAUCAACCUUCCACUUAGCGCCAAGCCCACCAAUUCCAAUAGUGCCAACAGCAACAUCCCUAAAAAUAACAACAAAAAUGGAGAAAAUGUCUUUUGUCAAGACAAGGGAGAAAAGAAGCCUUCAUCAUCGCCACUGAAGACAACCAAUAGCAACUGUGCAGCAGACCUAAAGAGCCCUGUCAGCUCAGGAUACACAUGUGGUGAAUGCAACGCCUCCCUCAGGUCCAGGGAGCUGUUUGUCACACACAUGAAGCGUGAACACGGCAAGAUACUGAAGAAGCAUCCAUGUCAACAGUGUGAUAAGUCUUUCAGCUCCACCCACAGUCUUUGCCGACACAACCGUCUAAAACAUAAAGGACUACGAAAGGUCUACGCCUGCCCACAUUGCCCUGCUGUAAGUCAGCCCUUCACAAAAAGAGUGCUGCUGGACCAGCACAUUCAGAUGAUUCACGGAGGUAAACACCCAGCAGGAUGGACUGAAAAUGUUGAGACACCACCUGACAAGCAAAUGAACCGAAGCCCCAAAAGAAAUCCAGAUGAAGAUGAGGGGUCUCCAGGCUUGAACUCCAGGGGUUCCGACUCACAACCACUGAAGAGACUAAAAGUGAACAUUCUCAAAAAUCACAAAUGUGCCGUCUGUGGCUUCACCACCGAGGAUAUUGCUGCUUUCCACAAGCACAUUCCCCAGCACAAGUCUGAUGGCUCAUCCCACCAAUGUCAGGAGUGUGGACUCUGCUACACCUCCCCCCGCUCGCUGGCUCGACACCUCUUCAUCGUCCAUCGGCUAAAGGAGCUCAAGAGUCUCGGUAGAUAUAAUGGGAGAGACCGGGAAGAUGAAGAGAGUCAACGGGAAAACCAAUUGGAUGUUGUCGAUGAGAACAAUGACGGGACGCCGAAUACCAAAUGUAAGGUGUGUGGGAAUACGUUUGAGACUGAAGGACAUUUGAAAACUCACAUGAGGACACAUGGGAUGGCAUUCAUAAGGUCAAAGACCCUUAGCGCUGCUCAAAAGUGAGAGAAGAUUAAUUAUAACCAUUCCAUAAGUUUCUUAAAUCUGUGGUACCUCCUAUAGAUGUGGUUAUCCUGUAAAUACAUGAUGUUGUAGUGUACAACUUUAUGUAAACAGUAGAAUAUACACGCAAGAAAAUUUAAUACACAUCGAAGUCUCCAUUUGUGUCUUUCAGCAAAAAUAUCAGGAACGUUUUUGUACGGACAGAGAAUUUUCAGUAGACUUUGAGUAAAUUUGUUAAGAUGACCUGAUUAUUUCCAAAGUAUUCUUUUCACUACGACAAGACAAUGUAUAAAACCACUAUUAUAAUCUGCAUUUGAUUAGCAGUCUAGUUUUUAGUGCUUCUGAUAUUCAACGAAAGUCUGGCAGAAAAAAAAAUUUAACUACAGGUACAGGUAUUUCCUUUGUUGAGGACCUAAAUUUCAGAAUAUACUCUGAAACUGCAAUUACAACAAAUUAACUACCUUUUUUUCCCUAUUGCCAUGAAAAGAAAAUGCAGCUGUGCAUCUAUAAUUUGCCUAGAAAUGCUAGAUGCCAAAACAAUUUAAUCCAGAGGCACUUUAAGCUUUCGGAAGAUUAAAAACAAACUGCAUCCAACAAAUGUCAAACAAAGUCUGAUGAAUAGAAAAAUGAACAAUGAUUUCAAAACUUAAAUCAUUAAAGUAAAGGUCAAAUAAAAAUUAUUGAGUAUCUCAAAUAAUAAUAUGUUUUUUCCUAAUAAUCCUCAGUCAAAUUCAAGAACAAUUGUAAAAUUUGUUCUCGUCAUGGCAGCUCUCUGCUCAAUAAAAUAAAGGGAACACUUAAACAGGUGUUUAACACUUAAAGUGUUCCCUUUAUUUUUUUGAGCAGUAUAUUUUUUCCAAAGUACUUAAAACAUAAAAUAUUAAGCGCUUGACUUUCAGUCUUUCCAGAUUGUUAGUGUCAAUUUGUCUUUAGAGCACAGUGGAAAUAAGACUGACAUAUCCAUAGUAAUAUUUAACUGAUUCUUAGAUACUUUUUUUUUAAUAAUAACUUUUCUAUAUUUUAAAUUGUAGGUCGAUGUUGGAAUUAUGAUGAAUGUGCGCUGCCUUGAAUCUUGCUGAAAAUGAAUGUAACCUUGGCAGUGAAGGUGAAAUAUUGAUAGCACAUAGCAAGUUAAUAAAACAUUAUCUCAAGAGUGUUUUAAUUACUUUUUUGUUCUCGUCAAAAAAAGAGAACCUCUUUGUUCCUAUUUGUCAGCAGCCUCUUUCAUGGAACAAGUCACAAAGUCGAGCCUGUAUUUAAACUGCCGCUGGUUGUAAUGGCUUAUCAAUAUAUAAUCAUCAGAUUGCAUAAAUGAGCCUAGGUUAAUAGUUAACUUGACAGGGUCAAUAAUGAUCAUCAGACAUAACAGAUGUUUCAAACUGGUAUCAAACUACAUAUUCAUAACAGGACCAUUCGAAACCAAGCUUUAGAAACUCCCAAAUAAUUUCACAAUUCUGUUAAGGCUGUGUCACUUUUGCCUGGGACAGUUACAACGCUGUGGAAAAAAUGUUUGCCUCCUUUAAGUUUCUUUAGUUUUUCCUGUUUUGUUUGGGUUUUUUUAAUCACAGACUUUUCAUAUUGUCAACCACAUUUUAUUAUUGGAUAAAAAAAAUAACUUAAUGAGCCACUUUGAGUUGCAGCUAAUGGUGUGCUUCUUCGUGGCAAGAUGGCUAUAUUUUGAAGCAACAUAACUGACCCAGACCACUACACCACCACUGAAUUUCUAGGCAUGAUGUUCUUUUUCUGAAAUGAAAAAUGUACACUCUUAACACCAUGUUUAGACUAGUCCAUGUUUCAUAAAUAAGAUGAUGAAAUAGCCCCCACUCUACUCUUUGUUAUGUUUGUUAUGAGAGCCUCUUUCUGAUUCACCAAAUUGAUUACACUGUAAUUGCCAUUUACUUCAACUAACAUACUGGCCGUUCAAACGCAACCAUGAAAAUUUGCUUCAAAUAAAACUAGUCUCUUUUUAAAAGGAAUAAAAUGAAAUCUUUAAGUGUCUUCUCAGCUUUUGACACACAACUCCAUCCACAGUCUGAUAAGGAUCUUACUACUUUGCACUGUAAAGCUGCAUGUGAGAAGCAGUCUGUGAAUUGUGUGAUAAUUAUGUGUCUUACUGCUGCUUCUGCCAUUUUUUUAAAAGUUCUGAUGCUUGUGUGCAAGAUUAUUGUUUAUGUCAAUAAACAGAGAAAAAUGCCAGAAGUGACCCAAUCAUAAAUGCAUAUUAAACAUCAGCUGUUCCCUGAAAAAAUA